UAAUAAUUAAAACUCGAAAUGUUGAUAUCAAAAGGGGGCUUUAGAAGAAACUGAUUGCUUCAAAUCGUUUGGUGUGGCAUGUAUCCAUUUCAGAGAUAAAUAGAUUGAUUUUGAGACCAAAAUAUGGAAGAGAUGGAAAACAGGAUGGGAAUCAAAAUCAAUGCGGUGAGAGACAUGAUGUUAGACCGGUUUUCUGGGGUGGACCAGAAAUUGACCGCCAUUGAACAACUUCUGAAAAAAAUAAUCGAGCCGCAAAGCCAAACUGGAAAUCCACCAGAGAACAUGACAGAUAAAAGCACGGGAGAAGAAGGAACACAGUCCGGUAAAAACCAAGACAAAGGAAAGAAGGUGGCAGUAGGGGGAGGUGAUGGCGGGCCAUCGCAUGAAUCUGGGCCCGAUAAACCAUUGCAGGCCCAGAUUUCACCGGAUGGUGAUGACCAGGAAACUGAUUAUCAGACCCGGGGUCCACGAAAAGGGCUUCAUCUUGGUGACAGUGGUAGACAAGGGCUAUCACAUGAAUCUGGGCCCAAUAAACCAAUGCAGGCCCAGAUUUCAUCGGGUGGUGAUGACCAGGGAACUGAUAAUCAUACCCGAGGUCCACCAGGAGGGUUUCAUCUUGGUGACGGAGGUAGGCAGGGGCCAUCACAUGAAUUUGGGUCUGAUAAACCAUUGCGGGCCCAGAUUUCAUCGAAUGGUGAGCACCAGGAAACUGAUGAUCAGAUCCGGGAUCCACCAGGAGGGCUUCACCCUGGUGAUGGAGGUAAACAGAGUCCAUCGCAUGAAUAUGGGCCCAAGAAACCAUUGCAGGCCCAAUUGACAUCAGAUGGUGAUGACCAGAAAACUGAUAAUCAGAUCGGGGAUCCACUAGGAGGGUUUCAUUUUGGUGACCGAGGUAGACAUGGGCCCAAUAAACCAUUGCAGGCCCAGAUUUCAUUGGAUGGUGAUGGCCAGGGUCAGGGAACUGAUGAUCAGAUCCAGCCACCAGGAGGGUUUCAUCUUGGUGACCGAGGUAGACAGGGCCCACCAUGGGAGGCUGGAAGCUCGUGUGGGUGGGUCGGCCUAUAUACUCACCGCUAUGGCACAUAUAAUCAAACUGGGCCCGGUUAUAGUUUCGGGACAGAUUUUUGUGGGCCUGCGUGGGUGGGUCUGCAUGAUUUUAGCAAGAAAAACGGUCCUCAGCUUGGGUCUCACAAAUCCAAAUUUAAAGGUCAACCUGUAAAUAAUGACAUUGAAAAGGUAUUGAGUUAUUCAGGUGAAAAGUUUGUCAAAACGGGUCAAGAUGACAUUUUUAAGGAAGGCGACAAUAAACCUCAAGCACAAGUAGUCACUGAAGGGUCAAAUAAAAGGAGGCCCAAAACCCGAAGAGGCAAACGGAAGUUGAACAAAGCUGAUGUAACUGGACCAAAAAUUUCUUGUGCAGGUUCAUCGGGUAAAACGGUUGUCGAAACGGGUCAAGAUAAAAAAAUGACAGAUAAUACGGAUGCAGGUGGAGAAGAUAAAGAGGAUGAAAAAACUCAUGUUUUACUAGAAGAUUCUUCAAAACCCGACCAGUGUGAAUGGAGCUCUGCUGUAUCUGAUAAAGGUCUUGAUUGGAGUAAAUUAGCGGAUGCAAAUACGGAUUCGCAACAUGGUUCGGGUGCUCCAUGGGGUAAGAAAGGCAACGAUAAACCUCAAGCACAAGCAGUCACUGAAGGGUCAAAUGAAAAAGGCCAUGAAGAGAAUCAGAUUUGUGGCUCUAAAAGAAAACACCCUGAUAGCCCAGUUGGGGGCCCAAAUGAUGGCCCGAUAUCAAGUGGCCCGUUUACUACAUCCAAUAUGCUCACAACUGAUGAGCAAGAGAUUCAUCUUAAUGAGACUGAGCCUAUCAUGAAAUCAAUCCAAAGAAUCAUGCAUUAUAAAGGGUACAAUGAUGGCGAUCCUUUGUCUGCUGAGGAUCAAACUUAUAUUCUUGAAAACGUCUUAAAUCACCAUCCAGAAAAAGCUCAGAAAAUGGGUGCUGGAGUCGAUUACAUCAUGGUCGACAAGCAUAUGAAAUUCCAAGAAAGUCGAUGUUUCUACAUUGUAUCCAUUGAUGGUCGUAAAGAGGACUUUUCCUACCAUAAAUGUCUGAAGAAUUUCACAAGUGAAAAAUAUCCCAAAAAAGUGGAUGAAUUCAUUCCCAAAUAUUUCAAAACUUCUUAGGGAGCGUUUGGUUCGCGGAAUGUUUUGCAAUUGGAAUUUGUAUAGGAAUUAAAAUUUGAAGGAAUUGGAUUUGGAAUUUAAACAUUCCAAUUGGAAUUGGAAAUUGUUGGAAUUGGAAUCUCAAUUCUAUUUUUGUUGUAUUUGACUGUCAAAUGAAUUGGAAUCCAUCACCCCGGCACCCACAACCCCCGGUUCGGGUCGAAACGGUACAAGUGGAAACAGUACAGGUCGAAACGGUACGGGUCAAAAUGGUUCGCGUCAAAACGGUACGGCUCGUAACAGUUCGCGUUGAAACGGUACGGGUCGAAACAGUUCGCGUUGAAACGAUUCUAUUCGAAACCAGUACGGGUUGAAACGGUACGGGUCAAAAGCGUUCGGGUCGAAACGGUCGAAGAUUUCAAUGAAUUUACUUUAGUUUCAUGCCUAAUUCCAAUUCUAAUUCCAUUGUCAACCAAACACAUGAAGAUUGGAAUUGAGAUUCCCAUUCCAUCAAAUUCUGUGAACCAAACAUAGUAAGAGAUGGAAUUCAGAUUCCAAUUCUCUUAAAUUCCCUUGAAUUCCUACGAACCAAAUGCCCCCUUAGUGUUUGCAUCUGCUGAUUUCAUUUGAAGUAGUCUUAAUGUGUACCAUGAAGCCUGUUGAUGCGCUCAAACACGUUAGGUAUAUUUUAUUAAUAAUAUAAAUCAUCAGUCUUAACCUGAAA